AUGAUUUCAUUGUUGUUUCCACAGUCGUCUUUGUACACAGUAGCCAUAGUAUUCUACACAUAUGUGUGCAUUCCCUUAGGGAAGUUGAAGAAGCAGUGUGGAGAAGCUAGAUCGCAUGAUGAUGAUGAUGACGGUUACAACCUAACCAGUUUGAUGUUCAGGGACAAGGAAAAGAAGAAGGGGGAAGAGAUGUGCUGUUCAAUAUGCCUCAUGGAUUAUGAAGAUGAAGAUGCGGUGACACAUCUCCCGAGAUGCAAUCAUCUCUUCCAUGUACAUUGUAUUGAGCCUUGGCUUCUCCGUGGCAGUCUCACUUGCCCUCUCUGCAGAUCUUUUGUAUUCUCUCCUACUCCUUCUCAUCCUAACAACAAUGUCAUUAAUGUCCGCUCCUCUUCCACCUUCCAUCUCUCACUCGUUUUUAUUUUCUUCUUCUUGUUUCUCCAUCAUCUUGUUGAAUACUUGUUGUAGCCUUCAUUCUUUGUUAGCACACUCAUUAUUUUAUAUAGAUAUAUAUAUUUAUUUGGAAAAUUCGGGCAGGCCCUGUGUGUUUCUUUUUUGUCCAUUACACAAACACAAAGACAUAAUCGCGUUUACGCCUCCAUAUGAUUGAUUAUUUAACUAAACAGAGACAACAGCAGCACUAGCUAUUAGUUGCACUAUUACUCUCCUAUUUCUCCCUCCAGAUGAGUUGUUGUUACCUUGCGUGUGAACCAAUCAUUUUGGCUGGGUGUCCUUAGUGUUGCUUCAAGCAGGUAUUACUGUACGAGCCAUAUACAUAUAGAUGCAGUGUUAGGACAUGAGUUGCUUAUGUCAUUGCCUAACAAGAUUUUGCUUGCCAUCAGUUUUCUUUUUGACUGUGAAUCUAUGAAUAUGAAAGAGGUGAUUAUGUUUACAUGAUCUCUGGGCAAGUCAGUAAACAUGAAAUCUUAGAAGCAGAUAUAGGUUACGGGAGAUGUUGACCAAUGUGCAGAGAAUUCAGUUAUGUUGCGGGAGGACUACCAAAAUGCUUUGAUCCAGAUGUUGUAGAUGCUACUCAAGCUGAAAAUGGGUACAGACGUGCACAUUUGCCAAUAGAUUUCUUAGAUAACUCGAGAUCAGUAGUCCCUAUAAAUUAAACAAUAUCAAGCUAACUACUUUUAAGUAUGUGAUGUGAUUUAUAUAACGAUGCUAACAAGUUGUUCUGCUGUUGUGAGUUGGUGUAUAGCUUAGUGUUGUAGCAUCUGUCAUGAUUAUACUGGAAACCUAGUCAAGCUGUUCCAGAGGAUUGUGGAUAGCAUCUUCAUGAACAUCAACUAGAGCUACAGCUACCAAACCUGUUGAACACUCGUACGGUAUGAUAAACUCAAUCAUGAUAAAGCCACACAUCAAAUUAUCAGAACCUCUUAGCUAAAGUGUCCAGCUAUCUAAAUCAGCUGGUAUUCAUCUUGUUACCAUCGUGCAGUUU